AUGACUUUUGAGAGUGAGGGUCCAAAUCCUAAUGCAUGUGACCAAAUCAGGUCACUUGAUGCCGUCGAAGGUGUUGAUGAUUGUCCAACGUUGAGAGACAUCGACGUUGAGGAGACCACGACGACGUCCGUGUCAAGUAAAGCUGAGAGUGACGUAGAAUCGACAAAGAGAACGGAACAUCUCAGUCCCACGGAUGGAGAUUACAACUUUCUCCAUAUAACAGGUAACACUGGCAAGAAGGGCGUGUCACCUGAACUCAGGAAGAAUGUUUUCAGAUUACUGAGUGGACUAUAUGGCAUCUUCCUGGUCAUGCUUGGUGCAGUGUUACCCAUAGCAGAAACAUUCGUAGAUUACCGUCGCCCUUAUUUCUUUGAGGCUUUUUAUGUCUACCUGUACUGCAUCAGCAUGGGAUUCCUCCUGUAUGUCUAUCUCUACCUUCUGCGCAGGCGCAGGCGUGGUAUUCGAAAUUUGCUGCAGAACUUCUCUCGCAACCUCCGCUUCAAUGUAGAUGACCAUUCUCGAAGUAGGAAAGUAGCAUUUGACGACAACACAGCUAGUCGUCACACUGGUAGCUUUUACCUGAGGCUUGGCGCAGUGGGCUUUGGCAUCGGCAGCAUGAUACAUAGCGGACUCACCAUAGGUCACUAUUUUGAGAUAACGCAUUACCAUGACUCAUGCAGUGACGUCAUACAAGCCAUCAAGCCCGUGGCCAAACUCACUUUUACCUUCACACAGCUGUACUUCCUCUUCAUUAACUCCAAGAUGAGCAUCUACCGCUACAAGGUUCUGGCACAGUUUGGUCUUAUGCACAUGUGCGGCACCAACAUAUGUGUCUGGUUGAGGAGCAUUGUCGUGGAAACGUUGCACGUGACCCAGAAGUGGGAGAUGCGCCAAGCCCUCGACCAGCUACAGAAACAGGCAGGUCCCACUGCUCGAAACAUCCAGCAAACUGACAGCUCCACAAUGGGUCCAGCAGGAAGGUCGGGGUCCUUCUUGCCAGAACUGAGCUGUCACUGGGACGCGAUGAUGGGGAAGGUCGUGGAGCAGGCCGCCUACUACCUGUACCCUUGUACCAUUGAAUACAGUCUCAUCUCCGCAGGUAUAUUGUAUCUGAUGUGGAAGAAUGUCGGCAGUGACACAACACAGAGACCCCAGGAAGCUGAAGAGGACCACAAGACCUACCGCAUGAGCGUCGACUGCGCAGGGUCUAGCAAGGGCCUCUUUUGUGGACUUCUCGUCUUUGUUUUCGCUGUCAUCUGUCUCGUCGCCUUCUACGUGCUCCUGGAGGAGGACCAUCUCGGCUCUGUCGCUUCCCUGGUCGGGCACCUGUCAGAAACGUCGAUAUACGUCGCAGCCACUGCUGCUCUUGGUAUCGGCAGUUACCGCAUGAGAGGCAUGUACUUCGACCGUCGAGAAAAGACUGGUCUUGAACAAACGCUGUUGUUGAUAAGUUUAAGUGGAUUAAUGCUCUAUUCAACGUUCAGCAUUUUUUCUGCUACAUUUUAUUAUGGUGAUCUGGAGGGUUGUCUUACUAUUGUUACAAAUUCAGUCAUGGUGUUCCAAGCAUCCACACAGGCGUUGUUUAUUAUUGUCGGACUGCGCAUGACCGUUGCCAAUGGACACCAGGUUCGGACCAAACCAGGAAGAGAAUGUGUCACCUUUUUGUUGAUAAGUAAUUUUGCCAUGUUUGGGAUGAAUGUCUUUGAGACUCAGAAGAUGGAACACAACCCCCUCCAGGUGGCUCUCUAUGGACCCAAGGCGUGGUCAAUCUUCACUCACGUGACUGUCCCUCUGGGGAUAUUCUACCGGUUUCAUUCAACUGUUUGCCUGUCUAACAUCUGGAAGCAGGCUUGGAAGAGGAAGCUGUCGAACUGA